CAGACAGAUUCACGUAUAGUCUUUUUGUCCUUCUGUAGUUGUUCAAGAAAGAAGGAAAAACACAAUGAAUGUAGAAGAGGAGGUGGAGCGACUCAAGGAAGAAAUCCAGAGACUCGGCCAGAUCCAACCUGAUGGUUCUUACAAGGUCACAUUCGGGGUGCUAUUUAACGAUGAUCGAUGUGCAAACAUCUUUGAAGCACUAGUUGGGACACUAAGAGCAGCAAAGAAACGAAAAGUUGUUACAUAUGAUGGUGAAUUAUUGCUCCAAGGAGUUCAUGACAAAGUGGAAAUUACACUCAAAGCUACACCAGCCUAGAGCAGCAACUAAUGCAGUUCUAAA